CAUAUUCGCCCGGUAUUUUAGAGAUGUUAUUACAAUUUUAAACAAAUUAAAACAUUAUUGGCGAUGUGAGAUGCCUUGCUUGAGCGCAGCCAUCGGGUUUUGAGGGUCGUGUGUUCUCCCUCGCUCGGUCUCAUGCCAUGCGGGACCCUGCUGUCUGCCAUAGUACCCUCCUCUCUCUCUAGACGGUUCUUUAUCUUUGUUGUUGUGCAGUGAUCAUCCAGUGGUGCAGCCAGACCAGACCAGACCACUGAGACCAAGACGCUGCCCCAAGUUCACAUGUUGUGUGUUAUUAUGAUGGGGUUUAUCGUUAGGGUGAGGUGAUGAGGAAACUGAUUAAUUAAGGGAUCAUCGGAUGGGCAAGCAAACAAGCGCGGAUGAGAACGAAAUAGCGGUCCCAACAGUAAGCAGCGAGCACCGUGUCAUGUGAGCACCGCGUCAACCCUAAAGCCUUGACCUCUCACCCCUGACCCCGUGAGGUCACAGAUGGUGACUUCCUCCUCCUUCCUCCAUCCGGGUCUUCAACAACAGUCAGUGAGCAGUGUGUUGUUGGUGUGUGUGUUAUGUUCCGGCUGAACGCUCCAGCGGCACCCUGACCACCUCCUAACACCACCCACCGCCUUGGGCAUGCCUCAGCCGGGCAUGAAUGGGAUGGAGCCUGCGUUUGGCGAGGCGUAUGGGAGCCGUGGCUGUCUCCUCAGCCCCUACCCCCUGGCUGUCUCCCCUCUAGGGGGCAGGACCCAAUAUGACCAGAGCGUGCUCCUGAUGCUGGGCUCUCCAGCGAUGCCGCGGAAACGGCCCUUCGAGUUGCUAAGCGACCUGGUGGACGACGGGGGCUUCGGCGAGGAGCUGCACGUGGAGCGCUGGGACGUGUCGGCGCUGGAUGACAUCACGCGGUACACCAAGCUGGGCCUUGGGGGAGAGCUAGCGAGCACCGAGGACGCCGUGCUGAUGGGCCGUUGGAGCGGGACCCGGGAGGAAGAGGAGGAGGAGGAGGAGAGGAGGAAGAGGAAGGCACAGGCCAUAGCUCAGCAGCAGACAUCACAUGUAACCACGAUGAUGGUAACACAUCUCCACGGAAACGGCAUCACGAUGACCCCCGACCCCUGUCUAGGCCACGCCCAGAGAGGCAGGGUGGUCAGAGAGGAGGUGGGACUUGAUGUUACCAUGGCGAUGGAAAGGGUGACAGAAAAAGGAGGACAGGAUGGGGGGAUGAGGGUUCCUACGGUGGAGGUGUACCAGGUGGCAGAGGAGGAGGAGGUUGCCGCAGCUGUGUUGGCAGCGGCGGAAGCCGUUGCCGCAGUGACGGAGACGUCUGGGAUUCCUCCGGGGGGGUCAGUGUUGGAACACAACUACUCUCUGACCCAGGGGGGGGAUAGACCCUCGCCCUCCAGCCCCAGCUCUGAGACAGAGACAGAAGUAGAGGGGCAGGAAGAGGGAGAGCGGGAGGAGGAGGAGGAGGAGAGGGAAGAGCAAGAAGAGGUAUUGGUGGAGGAGGAAGAGGAGGAAGAGGAGGAGGAGGACGGAGCAGGGGAUGAGACUGCGGUGGAAGCAGAACUGUCCAGCUCGUCAGAAACAGAAUUUGAGGUGGAACCAGAGCGGGGGUGUGGUCCAGGGGAACGGCCCCAGAAGAGAAGGUGUUUCUGGGAGUACCGCCACGCUCACACACGGGACUCUGGGAGACAGAAGAAGACUGGAGGGGAGGUCCGAUGGUCUCUCUCCUGGAGCUCUAGCACCCUACCUAGUACCCUAUACCGCAGAGAGGGAAAGAAGGGAAGGCGUAAAGCGAGGAAGACGGACGCCAGCGACCUGACCCCUAACCCUGUGAAGCUCACAAACAUCGGCGAACAGCUGCAGAAACUCAACGCCACCAUAGAUGGGAUGGGUCCUGUUAACGACCUGCCUGUUGUGGCCAGGGCACGCUCCCGCAAAGAGAAGAACAAACUAGCUUCCAGGGCCUGUCGGUUGAAGAAGAAAGCGCAACACGAAGCCAACAAGAUCAAGCUGUGGGGACUCAACCAGGAGUACGAGAACCUUUUGGGGGCAUUGCUGAGGAUCAAGGAGGUGAUUGGUCAGCGGGUGGAGCGCAGCGGAGAGGAGGUGGACAAAGAUGAACGAGGGAUGACCCAGAGACUGGAGGACAUACUGAAAGAGUCCAGCGGUCCUCUAGUGGCUGGACGGACCAAAGAGUUUGUCCAGAGAAUCCUGGAGGUGAGUGGAGGGGGGCUGACCAAGACUGGGGCCAAGGGCAAAGACACACAGACCCCCUCUGGACCGGGAGAGGAGACAGCUGUCUAAUGUACCCGCCAUCACCCAUAACCCCCCCUGGACCGGGAGAGGGGACAGCUGCCUAAUGUACCCCCAUCACCCCCUCUGGACCAGGAAAGGAGACAGCUGCCUAAUGUACCCCACAUCACCCCUGACCCCCCCCGGACCAGGAGAGGAGACAGCUGCCUAAUGGACUGGCCAACACCACCAGCUCUCCUCCGACACAGCCACCCACUCCUACCGUCCCCCACUACACUCUGUCACCUGGAGAAUAGGUGGGUGGAGAAAGGGAUGGAGGGGGAUGGAGAAAGAGAGGGAGGAGCAGGUGGAGGAGGUGGGGGUUACAGGUCAACAGAGACUGAGGUUUGAGUUCAAUCCUCCCCUCUGUUUCAGCUCUGUUUCCUUCUGUCUCUUCAGUAGCGCUCUGUAACACACUCUUCUUACCUUCAGCUAAUUACCAACACAGGCUAGCUGCUGACGGUGUGUGUGAGUCAGCUGAUCUGUGGCUGUGUGUGUGUGUGUGUGUAGUAUGAAUGUGUGUGGUUGGUUUAAUCUUUCCCUUCUUCAGUAAACUGUAUUGGUAUCCCAUUGUGCCUAUAUGAAUAGACAUUGCACUGUUUGUAGAUGAUAGAGACGUUGGCAGGGGGUCGGCAUGAGGGUAGGGUAGGAAGAGAAGUGGGAGGGACAGGGGGGAGGGUCAUGUUCAGUAGGCCACAACGUUCCUUGGAAGGUUCAGAAAGAAAUGGACUGUAUGGAACAGACGUGCAUCUCUGACAUCUAGAGUAAGGAGUAAUGUCCUCUCUAUUCACAACAUUGCUAUCUGCAACGUUUGGCAGGUUUGGUUACACCCUCCUGGAAUCGACCCUGCUAGUAAAGAUCAGUGGGAUGAGCCUCUUUUGACCAGCGAGCAACGUAAUUGGUGCUUGCCACAGAGGGCAUAAAUGAGCACUUUGAUUCGUAGCUGUAUCCUGUCUAUUCCCCUUUGAGAAACACCUGGGUCCUGCUCAUCAGGCACCAAACGUAACUGGGAAGAUUACCUGGACUUCUCCAAUAAGAAACGCAAAUGUUUGUUUUUUCCAUUGCAAAACAUCUUAAAACGUUUUGUUAGGUGCCCUAAUGAACAUGACCCUGAAAAUGCAAGUUCCUUCUCUCAGAACGACCAGAGAACAGAGGAUGAACUGUGAUAACACCAAACAUCAAAGCAACUGUAGCAGCUAAGACUUGCGGAGCUUUCGUCAGAGUUAUAAGGAAGAAAAAUUAACUUUAAAAAAAGUAGCUAUUAAAUCCAACCGACCAAAGAUGACACGAACAGCUGACAUUUCAAAGAACUGAAAUGAAAGCUGAAAUGAAAGCUGAAGUGAUCAGCUCUUACCUAACCCUCUCACUCCUACUACUGCCAUUAUCCAAUCAUUGUAUCAUCAAUCUGAAGAUGGCGUUGAAUUAAUUAACAAAAAAAACGUUGAUCGUGUUAAUGAUUACCCUCACACAUCCUUUAUGAAAAGGACGCCUUUUGCUACCUGUAUUGCCUGAAAGGUCGAUUUGAUACGUCAAUCAGACAUUCAUUAAAUCACUGUUAACAUUUAAAUCUGAGAGGAGUGUUGGGUGAGGCUAGCGUAUACAGGACAUGCCCAUAGAGAUGAAUAGAGGGCGCACUUCCCAUUAAGUUAGGUGUUCUCUCUUUCCCAUCUCUAUGGAAGUGACAAAGCUCCUAUCGGUCUGCCUUUAGCGCUACAGCAUAACGCUGUCUGGGUGUUUGUGUUCAAUAUAAAUAGAAAACAAAAAGGGAUGCGUCUGUCCUCCACGCCUUCUCCACGCCUUCUGAUUCGUCUGACUCCUAAUGUGAACCUGUAGUGCACCUUCCUUUCUUAAAGGCAACAAGAGUCAACAGCUAUUGUGGUGGAGCGUUUUUGUUACAUUUGUCGUUAAAGUUGUUUGUGUUUUGUUGUUUUGUUUACUCACAAAGCCAUGCUCCCACAAAGUGGGGAUGGUCUUUUAACGACUAGAGAGGGUCUGAGUUCUGUUCUCCCAUAGAGUUAGAAAGAGGGCCUAUCGUUUUUUUUCUACAGCCCUCUUUCUAACUCUAUGGUGCUGCCUUUGUUGGCCAAGCCAAAGGUGGUCGGUCUUGUAGCAGAAGUCCGACGUGAUACAGACCAGAGUACAUUGUGUUUUAAAGGCCAGUGAGUGUCGUUGGUCACGCCAGUCACAAAACCUAUUUGCACUGCGGUGGGUACAACCAAACACCUUCUAAAGAGUAAUGUAUCUGCACCUUUUUUAAACAUGAUUAUUGAUUGACAGCCUAUUUGUUGUAUUUGGUCAUGGUUUUCAACAACAGAAACUAUUGUUGUCUGGGUCUGUAAAUGGUGAAUAUGGUUUCUGGUUCAGUAUACUAUAGUAUACGGUGCUCUGGUGAAAUGUAACUUCUCACCUGAGCAACAACAAAAUGACAGAACAUCUUGCCAACGUUAAAAGGGCAAAGGGUGUUAACCUUGAAAGAGCAAUGUUGUGUUAACCUUGAAAGAGCAAUGUUGUGUUAACCUUGAAAGAGCAAUGUUGUGUUAACCUUGAAAGAGCAAUGUUGUGUUGAAGUUGAAACUGUGUUAAAGGUCCAAUGCAGCCAUUUUAUCUUAAUAUCAAAUCAUUUCUGGGUGAAAAUGAAGUACCUGACUGUGAUUCCAGUUAAAAUGGUCAAAAAGAAACAAAACAAAAAUAGCUCCUUAGCAAAGAGCAAUUUCUCAAGCAAGAAUUUGGACAGACUGUUUGGGAGUGGUCUGAGUGGG